AAUCUCUAGCAAUUAUUUAAAAAAAUAUCUAGGUGUAGUAUAUGUAGUUUGAAAUAAUUAAAACAAAAUGUAACAAAGCGUACCUAGUACUUCAGUAAGAAAUAUUUAGAGUCAGGAGGAUAUGUGCUAAUUAAAGCAGUGGAACCUGUGCUUGGUCUUGAUUAUAUGGAAUUGCUAAGAAAUAUGAAGUAUGAAAAAAAUCGUAGAGAAAAGAGAAUUGUGAAAAAUGUACAAUUCUUCAAAAGACACGAGCUUUGUAAUAGUCCAUCCAAUAUUUGUAUAGCAUUUGUCAUUGAUGAAGAUAACUUCAACCAGAAAAAAAUUUAUGAAUGUAAUAAUUUAUGGGUAGAAUAUGAUCCUUACAUAAAAUCAACUACUAUUGUAGCAGCAAGUUCCCAUAAUGAUUUUGAAGAAAAAAUGUGCAGAUAUUAUGUGUUAGGAAGUUCUAGCGUCAGUCAUAGAGAUAUUAAAUCUGAAGAACAUGCUUAUGUUAUUUAAACAUCUCUUCCUUUUACAUGUGCAAUGUUCUGCCACAUAGAAAUCUCAUGGUAAGAUUUUAGGUGAAGGGUGUGCUGUUUUGAUAAGAGCUGUUGAACCCUUAGAGGGUAUGCAAUAUAUGAGUAGUCAACGA